AUGGGCACGACCACUGCCAGUCAUACCAGCGAUGACUGGCGAACUGAUCCGGACCAGAGUCCACCCGAAGAGCAUAACGCUGGCCACGCCCCAGGACUGCGCUUCGAUGUCAGUAGGGAAGACGUCGUUCAACAUGUGUCAUUCACCGGAGCCAAUUCCGCUUCCACACGAAGCAGUGACUCGCUUGAGUCUGUCCGAGCACCCUUUUCUGUCGAUUCGGUCGGAGCCAGCUCCAGCACCUCCUCUUACUUGUCUUCCUCUUCAUCCCCAAGAGACAUGGGUGUCUCAGGCUUCGCUCUGGAGCGGAUGCUGGCUGAAGCUCGGAUCGAUGCCCCGUAUUGGAAAGGGCAAUUGGUCAAAGAGCGAAGAAAGGAGCAUUUCGCAAGGGUGGCCGUCAUUCUCGGCGACGUGCAGACGGCAUUCAACAAGGCCGCUCCACGUCGAUAA